AUGUCUCUUGAUGACACACAGGUCAUCAAUCUACACACAUUCUUUGAUAAGUUCUGGUCUGCCAUCACAAAAUUGAAGAUGUUGAAUGCUUCCCCCUCAGAUGCAUGGAUAUUUGAUACCUUCUACUCAGUUCUACUCAACAAUUGGAGGAAUUACAUUCAGAAGAAGAUAGAGGAGAUACAGGAUUUCAAAUCCACAGCUGUGGUAUUGAAUGUUGAUCUUCUCAUGGAGGAAAUCUGUUCGCGGCUUGAUUCUUCAAAAGAUAAAAAGAAUCUGCAGAAUAUAGAUUCUGCAGCCAACACAGCUACAACAGCUACAAUGGCUACAAUGACUACUAACAUCAAUACAUCGAAUUCAGCCUGUGGAGGCUAUGGAUCAGACACCUAUCAGAUGGCAAACCUCACAGAGGUUAUCAAUGUGCCAGCCUGUUUUGUGGAACCCCACAAGGAUCCCUCCAACGGGCGUUUAUACAUAUCAAAAGAUGUCAUCUUCCAGGAGGACCUCUGUCUUGCUGAUCCAUCAAUACCGACUACUCCACACAACCCGAAGGUUCUACCCAAUGUGGCUCAUAAAGCGGCUGCGGUGAUUCCUUCGGUGACACCAGGCCUACCCACUGCGGCCUGUCAAGAGACUGCAGUGAUUCCUGAUCCAUCAAUUGAUAAUCUAUUCAUUGAUGAGGAAAUUCGACCUGAGUGUCCAUUAUUUCUCAUACUCACUAAUAAUUGGUGGAUUGACUAUGAUAUCUCCGCGAGAAUACCUACCUUUUUAGUGCAGAAUACACUGAACUCCCCGGAACCCACAGUUGAAUCUGAUGACCCUCUGACAUCUACAAGGGAUAUCACUACAGUGGGGGAAGCUUCAGUGGGGGACAGUCUUGAAGACCUAUCCACUGAUCCCGAGAUCGCUGCACUCCUGAUCCCGAAAAACCUCACGCGCGCCAAAGCUUCCAUGGAAUGGAAGUAUUAUUACAAGGCCCGUGUUAAAGAGGUCAACUGUUUGAAAUAUACAUGUUGGAAAGAGAAUAUAUAAAGAAGAUAG